CCCGGCUAGAGUUUAAAAACUUGGACUCUAGUUGAGAUUAAUUUGUUGUGUAGUUUCGUGCGAGUAAUGUUUUUGGCGUCGUUGCCGGGGAACCGCGGUCCAUUAUUUUGAAAAGGUCGCUUAGUGUUAAUCUAGCAUUUUCUAUCUUGCCUUUUUGUUUGUGUUUUGUUUUGUUUACCCACUCUUCGUCUUUAAGGGUGGUUUGUGUUUGUUUAAUUUCAUUUUGUGUUUUUGUUUGUGUCGGUUAUGAAUCAUGGAUCCCAAUGGUUUCUACAAUAGGUGGGGGUAUCCACAACCACCCGAAUGGGGGUACCCCGGAGCUUCAUAGAGUGAACAAGAAGGGGGAAGCCAAGGAUCCGGGUUCUAUUACUGACCCCCCUUCCAAGACGAACAACCAUACCAUUGGGGAUAUGAAGAGGCUUUCCCAUAUCAAGAAGAUUUCCCUCCACAACCUGAGGAGAAAUCCCAGUUGGAGUUGGCCAUGGAAGCCUUCAUGGGACAAUCAUCAAGACCAUGUGCCACUCCACAACCGGAGCCAAAAAGAAACUGGGAGCUCAUGGUGGAGCAAUUUUCCCGUGGUACCGACGAAGGAUGUUCAAAUUCGGAUCUUCCCAUCAUCGGCCCAAUCAACUCAACCUUUCUUUGGGAAUUGGAGGAGCUCCUUCGACGCACGAAGAGGCGAGGAGAGCUUAUUGAGCAAGCAUGUGCACAACUUGCUCACAAUCGCCUCCUACCAUUGGAAGAAAGAGAGGAAUUCGAAGAGGCAAGCCAUGAGACCUUUGGAAGAAUGAUCUCCGACAUGGAUUUCGAACGCCUCCCUCCUCCCGGUUUAACACUAGAAGAGAAAGUGGCACGAGCUUGUGAAAGCUAUCGCCUCUCAUUAGUGGAGGAAAAGGAGGAGGUUGAAGGAGCGAUCAAUGACAACCGUGUAGAGCAAGAAGAACUCACCCCAAAGAGCUCCCGUGGUGAGGAAGAACAAGAAGGUUUCAUUGAUGACUCCCAUCACUCUCCUCUUCCCGAAAGCAACUUUGAAGACCAAGACACGAGUUUGGAGGAGCACGAGAAUCCCUUCUAUGACCUUGCAUGGCAUCUUGCCCUCAAAUUCAUGCUCGAAGACAUGAAUGGGAAGGAGAAAGAAGAGGUUGAAAGGAGGAAGUGAGCUUUAAAGAGGAAGAAGAUCUUGAGUAUUCCCAAGGGGAGGAAAUUGAUGAAGAAGGAAGGGAGGUUGAAGAAGGAGUUGAAAGGGAAAGUGGAGUCCAAAAUGAGGACAAGGUCGAGAUGGAUGAAGCAUCCACAAGUUACGAGGGCUAUGAAGCUUUCCACUCGUCCUCGAUACGCUUCUUGAGAAGGACCCAUUUGCGGCUCUUUGCCAAGCCAAGGCCAAACCAUCGGCAAUCCCUCUUGGUGGAUGCGAUGGUGGUAAAGAUAUGACACAUUACAUGGUGCGGGACAAAGAGAAAGAAGGAGAAGGAAAGAAGAAGAGGUCUCGUGGGUGGAGCCUCAAAGCCACUCAAGGUCACGAGCCCUCAAUCAUGGACUCGUCCAAAGCUCGUGACUUGAGACACCACCUUACCUACUAACACGCUACGACACAACAACAAACUGCGACCAAGUGUAAUCGCUGUCCGGAAAUGCAGUAAAGUGGCAAGUUCUAAUUAUCAACCCGGGGUCUAGAUCUACUGCCUACUCCGUGAACAUCUAUUAUCUAGCCAACUAAGUCGAUUAAUUGUGGUUUUAACUAAAAGCAGUAAGAAAGCAGGAAAUGAUUCGGUUUUCUAAAGCAAAGGGAGAGUCACUCGGGAAUGAGUCCCCCUAGAUCCUGAGUUAGGUCUCAGUUGUAAUUACCCUGGGUUGAUUUACUGUUGAUUAAAUUGCGAAAGAUCCGACAGCAGCUUGGAAUCUCUUAAGCUGACCAAGCCCUCUCAGUCCAACUACCCGGCAGACGACUAGUCUUCACCGGGAUACAAAGCUGAGGCAAUAAGCACAGAACUCCACUACUGGAAUUGGGUUCUAGUACAAAGCAGUAGAUUGAUUAACUCUCGUACAACCAAUCUACCACUACCGAAUGAUGAAGCUCUAACAACCUAAUAAGAUUCUAUCUAUCUCAGGUUGCAGCAGAAAUCAAGAAAAGAUGAUCAAACUUCAAUUGAUUCAAUGAAUCAUGCAUCAUUCG